AUGUCAGGGAGAAAUUCGUCUACAGAAGAGGCAAAGAUGACUAUGGAAAGCUUGGAAAGCCCAUCGCUCACAUGGGCUCUGAUCUGCACAGCCCUUUACAGCACAUCGUUCACGUAUGGUCUUGUCAUAACCAUCACCGCAGGCAUACAAGGCUCCGUGAUCGAGGAGUUCUCUGAUGUUGCUUCGCUCGGUUGGAUCGCGGUUGGCUUCUCCCUCGGAUCAGUGAUAGCGAUCCUCCCCUACGGAGCCUUUUACAGGACUUUCAACAUGAAGUGGGGGUAUAUCUCCGGGCUCGCGAUAUUCCUGAUCGGGACUGUGCUCUGUGGUAUUGCUCCAACCAUGGAAGCCUUUAUCGUUGGCCGCGUCUUGGCCGGUGUUGGAGGAUCGGGCAUCUACCUGGGAGCUCUGAGCUACCUCGCGGCUCUGACAACUGAUCGCACACGAGGAAUAUAUCUCAAUGAAUUGAGCGCCGCCUGGGCUAUAGGUGGUAUUAUGGGCCCCUUAGUGGGUGGUGGCUUGUCAGUGUCCAUGACAUGGCGAUGGGGGUUCUAUCUCAUCAUCAUCAUCGGGGGAAUCACAUCCCUAAUAUCUCUUUUCUUUCUCCCCCAGACUCACCUAAUGACUGGCAAAUUGGUCUGUGAAUGCGCGCUUAGCCUUGACUACGUGGGGUUUGGUAUCUACAUUGGCAUAUGGGUGGCAUUCACCCUGGGUUUCAUGUCUGGUGGGAGAGUUUGGCCCUGGAACGACGGCCGAACCAUUGCCUCGAUAGCGAUGCUCCUCCUCCUCCUGAUCAUCUACAGCCUGCAGCAAUACUUCUGUCUCUUCACCAGUCCCAAGAACAGAUCUUUCCCAGGCCACCUCCUCCGAUCGUGCGACCAGAGUCUCCUCAACAUCGCGACGGGAUGCUCCAAUACCGCGAUGUUGACAACGUUCUACCUUUCGAUCUACUUCGAAUUCACACGGAACGAGACCCCCUUCAAGGUCGGGUUACGCGUUCUGCCCUUCCUCUGCACCUACAUCGUCACCAGCUUCAUCGCCUGCUUGCUGGUCCACAUUAUCAAUCGCCACAUGCCAAUCUACUGCGUCUCAGGGUUCCUGAUGGUUGUUGCCUCCGCGUGCUUUACGUUAUUCCUCUCGCCAUCUACCUCAACAGGUGGUAUCACUGGAAUCAGCAUUGUCAUAGCCGUCGGAUCCGGUCUCACAUCCCAACUGGGGUACACCGUGGCCAGCCUGAAGGCAUCAACCAGAGAGGACAAACUCAACGCAGUUAACCUGCAGAACCUUUCCCAGAUGAGCUCCACCGUUAUUUGCCAGGUCAUCGCGAGCCAGAUCUUCCAGUCGAUUGCAGCUCGCAAUUUAGCCCGUGUUCUGGCUCCGAUGGGAUUCAGCCACGUGGAUAUUCAGGACGCGGUGGUGGGGACGCAGAGUCGGGUGUUUCAGUCGCUGAGUGGAGUAGAGCGAGAGCAGGCCGUUUGGGCGAUCACCGAGGGCAUGAAGCGGCCAUUUUACAUUGUCCUGGUUGGAGGGGGCGUGGGGCUGGCUGCUGCGCUGUGUAUGAACUGGAAGAGGUUGUAUAGGUAG